UCCCUCACUGUGUCUGACCUAGUUACCGUCACGUUCCUUUGCAUAUUCUCACAAUGACCUGGUGGCGCUCCCCUGAACCUGCAAGCCAUUGGCAUUCCCUUCAAGACCACCAGAGCGUGGCUCUUGUGAUCGGUGUUACUGGCAUCGUCGGUAGUAGCCUGGCCGAGAUCUUAUCUCGCACAGACACUCCUGGCGGACUAUGGAAGGUCUACGGCGUCGCUCGCCGUCCUCGACCUGGAUGGAACGCGGAUCAUCCCAUCCAAUAUAUCCAGUGCAAUAUCUCCGAUCCAAAUGACACCGAAGCCAAGCUCUCUGUGCUGACCGAUGUGACUCACAUCUUCUACGUGUCCUGGACCAGUCGACCCACUGAGGCCGAGAACUGCGUGGUGAACGGAGGUAUGCUCAGGAACGUCCUCUGCGCCGUCAUCCCAAAUGCACCAAAUCUUCGUCACAUUUGCCUUCAAACCGGUGCCAAACACUAUGUUGGUCCCUUCGAGUUAGUUGGCAAGAUACAGAUCCAUGACACACCUUUCACCGAGGACCUGCCGCGACUCGACGGGCUCAAUUUCUACUAUGUCCAAGAAGACAUUCUGUUUGAAGAGGCCGGCAAGAAGGAGGGCUUGUCUUGGUCCGUUCACCGUCCUCAAGUGAUAUUCGGGUUCUCACCAUAUAGUUUGAUGAACCUGAUCGGCACACUUUGCGUGUAUGCGGCCAUUUGCAAGCACGAGGGGGUUCCCUUGAAAUUUCCUGGCUCUAAAGCGGCGUGGGAGUGCUAUUCCGUCUCUUCAGAUGCUGAUUUGAUCGCAGAGCAGCAGAUAUGGGCGGCGGUGGACCCAUAUGCAAGGAACGAGGCCUUUAACUGCAACAAUGGGGACGUGUUUAAGUGGAAGCAUCUCUGGAAGGUGUUGGCCGAACAGUUUGGGAUUGAAGAAUACGGGUUUGAAGAGUGUUCGGAUUUGAGGUUGUCGGAGAUGAUGAAGGACAAGGGCCCGGUAUGGGAUAAGAUUGUGAAAGAGAAUCAGCUGCAGCCUACAAAGUUGGAAGAGGUCGGUGACUGGUGGUUUGCAGAUUUUAUGCUGCGUGUCGACUCCGUAUUGGAUAGUAUGAACAAGGCCAAAGAGCAUGGCUUCUUCGGAUUCAGGAACUCCAAGAAUUCUUUUAUAACUUGGAUAGCUAAAACCAAAGCCUACAAGAUUGUGCCUUAAGUAAUGACAUAGGUGAAAGAACGGCGUCGGAUUGAGUUGUUUCAACUUCUUGGUGAAGUUUUUAGGUUACAUAAAAAUAUAUAAUUAAAAGGCUUACAAGAUAGUGUAUCACGGAAUCGAUUUCGGUGCUGAGCAAGCUGCUGAAUACUGUGAUGCUCAUCAUCCAGCAAGAUCUGAACCAUUCAAAUUUUUUUUAAUUUGAAUGGUUCAGAUUUUUUCAAUUUUAAUUUUAUAUUUUAUAAAAAUAAAAUUUAUAA